UAUCUAGAGCAGUGUAAGGCUCUGCAAUUCUGAACAAUACCAUAUAUUAUAUAUAAGGAAGUAUUUAUUGCAUUCAAUUUAAUAUUUAUCUUCUGCUGGAACUGUCCCAAGCAUCUCUUUCACAUACCUUGCAUCACAUUGGUUGAGGUACUGAGGAUUUGUUUGGCAUGCCUCAUACCAAAAAUACAAUAAUACUUAGGUCUGUCAGUGAAAGAGAGAAUCUUAAAUUCUUCUUUAGAUUUUAUUAUAUUUAAUGUUUACAUUAUAUAACUUAAUAAAGAAUGUGAUCUGUGAAGGCCUUAAGCGGAGAGGUAGUGUUUUAUCAAAGGAAAGAAAGGCUGUGACUUGAAGUUGGUGUUAAGGUUUCCCUUGAAACAGUUGGAAACACUUCUCUUAUUCUUCUCCCUCAUCAUAGUACCAAAGUUCUUGAUCUUCUCAGCUCAUGAGACUCCAAAGGUGAGUGGAGACAAACAAAAUUCAAUUCCUUUCCUGCCUUUGAUAUUUGAUUUUAUCAGUAGAGAGAUCAACAGAAGGUAUAGAAGGCGAAAAGAGAUAUACGAUCACAGCUGAGAAACGUUCAACAAGCAUAUCUGAAUUAUAAUACGCGGGACAUUAGCAAGUUAAAAAGAAGGCAAUUUGUUGCAGUUCUGAUGGAUAGGAUUUUGAAACCAUUUGAUAUGGAAUCCAUGAAGAUGGCCAUGUUAAAGCAUGAAGAAACAUUCAAAGAGCAGGUUUAUGAACUUCAUCGUUUGUAUCGAAUUCAGAAGAUGUUAAUGAACAACAUGAAGAGCAGUGGGACACAUGGAUAUGGUACAAAGAGAUGGAAUCUUGAUGAGAUUAGUUUGAGUCAGGUUAGUAGUACAUAUAAAGAAAAAAAGAAGCCACAGAAGCCAAGGAAACUUGAUCUGGAACAACCUGCUGAAGAGUAUAUUGCAGAGGAAGGUGGAGAUGGAAUGUUAGAGAUUGAGGAUGAAAACGAUAUUGAGCUGACGUUAGGCCCCACGAUUUAUAAUCGAAGAAAGAAAGAUGAGACACCUCUAACUUCAGAUUCAGGACCAAGUUUCUCUUCUUCUUCUACUGAAUCCGGCCAUAUGAGAAGGACAAGAACAGGGGCAUAUAAGAGGAUGGAUACAAGAGAAGAGUUAACAGGCCAUGAAUGGGGACUCAUCCAAGUGCCUAGCAUGCAUCCAAUUUUCCCAAGGGGGACAAAGAACAAUUACAAUGUUGAAGAACAAGUGAGACAGGAGAAACUAAACCGGCCUCCUUGGCUGUUUCCCCUUUUCAGUAUGAACAUGACUUAACACCUUCUUGGUUGGUGUCCAUAGAUUUGACUGGUUCUGAGUUGCUAUUUGUGAUUGCUGUUUGCAUGAAAAUUUCUGUUUUGUUCUUAGUGUAAUGGGUGAUGGAGUAUUUAAACAAGGCUAGCAUUUUAGUGAGCUAAA